AUGCGAUUAUGCCAACAACUGCUGCGCGUUCGUCCCAGGGUAGGCGCCAUCCGCGGGGAGCUCGUGCCCCUCUCUGCCAAGCGCCACCGCGUGGCCCGGCGGCUCGCACGGGUACACCUCGUGGACGGAGCCACGGGCGCCGCAAAGGCCGGCAAGGCGGUGGCGGCCGGUCUGCGGCCGGCCCUUGAAGUGCCCACCUUCUCGCACUGCCGGGCGAACGCGGGCCACUUCCGCGACCUGGCGCGCGGGCUCCGCUCGGGUCUCGCCCCGAGGCUGCGCGUGCUAGGGUGGGACGACCAGUCCACGAUCAGGGACGCCGCGCUCGAUGACGUCAUCCUAGGCGCGCUGUCCUGGGGGCACUGCCCACUCGUGGAACGCCUCAGCUUCACGGGAACCCGUUUCUGCCCGGAGCACAGCAUCAGAUACCUGGAGGAGAUGUUUUGGGUCUGCCCUCGGUUGCGGGAGCUGCGCAUGGACUGCAGCCGCACGCCUCACCAUCAGCUGAGGGUCCUGGCGGGCGCCCUAGCAGGAGAGCACGUGCCACGUCUGGAGCGGCUUCUCGUCAGGGCAACGGCGCCGUACUACCGCGACAGCGACGUGGAGCUGCUGGCGCUGAAGCUGGCCGCGGCUUCGAGGAGCCCUCCCGUGGCGCUCGAGUUACAGAUCAAGACGCGACUGAAACAAUAA